AUGCCUUUAACUACCCCUGCUCAGAUCACAGAAGUAAUUUUGCGAACGCCAUCAAAAUUACGACAAACCUCACCUUGCGUGCCGGAAGACGUUGGGGGUACUUUGACUUCUGAACGAAUCAGAGCCUCACGAACGUUGCAGUUCACACACAACAAUGACACUCUGCUUUAUCGCUAUCUUAAAUUGAGGAUUCAGGCUCCUAGUGCUUGCGAUACAAAAUAUCGCAUUGCUGAGCUGUUUUAUGUGAUAUUCGUGGUGUUGAGGACGAAUCUUCACUCAGGCCAGAAUAUGCUACGCCUUCUUAACCAAGGAGGUGAAAACGCGAUUCUUCGAUACGACACAAAAUCCCAUUCUUCUGCACGAUCGCUGGCCUUGACAGCUAGGACAGCGAGCCGCUCUGCUCCACUCUAUAGCGAUGGCGAGUUGAGUCUCACCACCAAUUUGGGCGGCAAGGAUACGAUCCCUCCUUGUGCUAUACUUUCUCAUACAUGCGGUGCAGAUUCCGAGGAGGUCACCUUCGAAGACUUGAUAAUGGCUGUGGCAAGGGCAAGCCUAGCUAUGAGAAGAUCUGAUUUUGUUGAGACCAAGCUAGACAAGACGGUUUGCAAUACUUUUGGCUUGAUACAUGCUGCUUUAACAAAGCAAACAAACCUGAGCUCUUUCAGGCUAUCAACUCCAUGUUCCAUUGGUACCGCGACGCCACUUGAUGCUGCGUCUACCUGUCAGAUAGGAUUUCUCCCUGCCGCUGCGGGUAUCGGACUUCCGGAGAAGCAGAUGGCUUACCCGGGGCUGGACGCUCCAAGAGCUCCUAGCACCAGAUAUGGUAUAGUUCUUCUGCAGAAGCAUAUCUAUGAAAUGAUGGAGAUUCCUGAUUCACCGCUGCAGGGCACCCCUUUGACCCAUUUCAGCGUCAACGAACGGUUAUCAUCGAACGAACACCAGCACACCAAGCUUGAAGAAGAUAGAGCGUAUUCGUUGCUUGGCAUUUUUGAUGUCUAUAUUUCUCCUUUUUAUGGUGAAGGGGCAGGCGGAGCGUUCAAACCGCUUAUGGAGGAGAUCGAUAAGCUGAGCAGAUGCAUCCAAGGCCUACACCUCACUGAUCCUUGUGAUGACAAGAAAUGUAUAAAGGACACAAAAGGCCGCCUGCUAAAGGACUCGUACCACUGGGUCCUCGGCAACGCCGACUACUAUGGAUUAAGGGCGAUGCUGACAAAGGUAAGACAAUGCUCCUCUGCGGCAUUAUCGACGAGCCAGAAAGGUACGGAUUCGCGCCUUAACAGCGCCACAGCCGUGCUGCGAGGCCUGCUGUACAUGCUUGUCAAGCAACAAUCGUCAGUCAUCUCACAUAUCCGGAAGGAGCACGAUCACACAGGCAAAGCGCUCCUUGAGGAUGCGAAUGCCUGGGUCGCUUUAACUGAGAUCUUCACAAACGUCCUGCAAGACCCGAGCCUGAGCAGCACAUGCUUGAGAAGUGCGAAACUUGUUAGUGGGCGGGUGGGCAAGGAGUGGAUACCUCAUGAACGCACUUUAGAAGCUGGGAGGAGUGUUAAGAUACUUCUAGAGGCGGGACUGGGCAUAGGGGACGGUGUCACCCCUAUCACGACCCAGAUCUCACAGCAUCUAAGCCAUAAAUCACAAAUCACAAAUCACAAAUCACAAAUCCUAUAUUCUAAAAAGGAAACCCCAUUUUCCAUUCAAACAGCUAGACAGAAGUCUUGA